AUGGCUGAAGCGCGCGCCAUGGCGCGGUCCGAGCCGUACAAUCGGCCCCGCCGCAACUCAGAGUACGCGGCCAAGACCUACACCUACUCCACCCGUGGUGGCGUUUGGAACUCGGGCGAUACUGCCAUGGAGGUCAUGACCAACAUGGCCCGCGGCCUCGUGACCAGCGCACAGAGCCGUGCCAACCGCAUCCAACGCGCCAUUGUCAACGCCGUGUUUCCUUCAACCACGGCCACUUGGUAUCUGUCUUUGGGAUCAGCUUACCUGCUGCAACGCUACGUGCCCCAGUUUCACCAACACAUGAUCCAGCUGCCGCUGGUCAACCGUCUCACGGACCGCUUUGCUCAGCUGAGCGCUGGCGUCCUCGUCUCCGGCACCGGCCUCUGGCUUGCUGGUAUCUGGGGCUCCCGUACCUUGCUCAAAUGGCUUCUCUCCUACAAGGGCUAUCUCUACGAGCCCGUCAGCAAGACCUCGACCCUGACCAUCAUCUGGCUCAUGACCGUCCGUCUUCUCGAAGGCUUUGGCAAACCCUUGACCUACUCCUUCCAGCGCGUUUUGCCCUCCCUGCCCGUCCCCGCCCUCAGCGAGACCUGCCGCCGCUACCUCCUCUCGGCCCGCCCUCUCAUGGACGAUGUUGAAUACGAUCGCAUGGUUCGCCUGGCUCAUGACUUUGAACACAACGAGGGCCCCGGCCUCCAGUUCUUCCUCAAGCUCAAAGCCUUGUGGGCGAGCAACUACGUGUCAGACUGGUGGGAACGCUUCGUGUACCUUCGCUCGCGCGACUCCUUGAUGAUCAACAGCAACUACUACAUCAUGGACGCCUACUCUUGGUCACCCACGCACGUCCAAGCUGCUCGUGCCGGUAACCUGGUUCACAACCUCAUGCUCUUCAAGCGCCAGCUCGAUCGCUGCGAAAUCGAACCCCUGCUGAUCCAGGGUGCCGUCCCCCUCUGCAUGAGCCAACACGUCCGCACCUUUGGCACUUGCCGCAUCCCUCAACUUGAAGAAGACGUGAUUGAGCAUUACCCCGAGUCUGCCCACAUUGCCGUCUACUGCAAGGGCCGCUUUUACGUGGUCAACUGCUUUGAUGUCAAGGGUGUGCGCCUCUCGCCCCGUGACCUCGAAAAGCAAUUCGAUUACAUCUUGGAGGAUGCCGAUCACGACGCCGACAAGCCCACCUUUGCCGAGCACCACUUGCCGGCCAUGACCGCCUCGGAUCGCACCACCUGGGCCAACUUCCGCUCCGACCACAUGGGAGAAGGUGUCACUCGGGCCUCCCUGGAGGCCAUUGAGCGUGCCGUCAUCUUUGUGGUCCUCGACGACUCUAGCCCUGAGAACCCCGACAUGAAGGACUGGGCUGAAGGUCACCCGCUGGCCAAGUCCCUGCUGCACGGCAACGGCUACAACCGCUGGUUUGACAAGUCCAUCACCCUCGUCAUCUUUGCCAACGGCCGUUGCGGCGUCAACUGCGAGCACUCGUGGGCAGAUGCCCCCGUCGCUGCCUACGCCUUUGAGAGCAUGCUGGCCAUGGAAUUCUCCGGCACCGGCUACGAUGACAACGGUCUGAACAAGGCUGUUCCCCAGGCGCGCACCGAGCCCAAGCUUCCGCUGCGUCUCAAGUUUGCCUUUGAUGAACAGGCCGAGAGCAUUGUGCGUGAAGCCGUGGACACCGCCACCAAGGCCAUUAACGAUCUUGACCACCGCCUCCUCCCCUUUACCGAUUACUCCAAGGGCCUGAUGAAGCGCUGCAAGCUUUCUCCCGAUGGCUGGCUCCAAAUGGCCCUUCAACUUGCGUACUUCCGUGACCAAGGCCGCUUUGCCCAAACCUACGAGGCUUCGAUGACCCGUCUCUUCCGCGAUGGUCGCACCGAGACCGUGCGCCCCGUCACCGACGACUCUGUUGCCUUUGUUCGUGCCAUGGAAGACCCCAAGUCAAGCAAGGAAGAGUGCAUCGCCCUUUUGCGCUCGGCUGUCGAUCGUCACGUCAUUGCUUUCAAGGAUGCCAUGGCUGGUCGUGGCAUUGAUCGCCACCUGUUCUGCCUCUACGUCGUGUCCAUUGCGCGCGGCAUCGAGUCCAAGUUCCUCAACGAGGUGCUCUCAAAGCCCUGGAUGCUCAGCACCAGUCAAACCCCGGUCCAGCAGACCAAGUUGUUUGACAUCAAGAACAACCUGAACAAGAUUAGCACCGGCGGUGGAUUCGGUCCCGUGACGGAUGAUGGCUAUGGUGUCAGCUACAUCAUUGGCUCUGAUAGCCUCGUGUCCUUUCACGUCACCAGCAAGAAUUCAUCCGACAAAACGUCUUCACACCGUUUUGCCAAGAACAUUGAAAAGGCCAUGGCCGACAUCAAGGCUCUCUUCUGCAGCAUCAUGGCGCAUCUUCCAGACUUGGCCAAUGAGCACAUUCUGCCCUUGUUGCAGCUCAACGAUGAGCUGUUCAGGCUGACACAGCACGAAGACAAGAUUAACGUCACCUCGAUCGUGGCAGUCGGUGAUCAAUCGUCGGGCAAGACGUCCAUUAUCGAAGCUCUGAGCGGCGUCAACCUACCUCGUGGUGAAGGCAUUGUCACUCGCGUGCCGUUGAUGCUCAAGCUGCGCAACGCCGGCGAUGAAGCGGAGCGCGUCCUUCUCAAGCCCCUCAAUCGCGAUGAAUCUAUCUCAGAAAAGGUGAUCAGUGAUCUGGAUCGCGUUUCGGAGUCUGUGGCAAACAUGACAGACGACUUGGUGGGGUCUGACAAGGACGUCGAGGACAAGCCUCUUGAGCUCACCAUUUUUCGGAAGAAUCAAGUUGAUCUCACCCUCAUCGACCUGCCUGGUAUGACGCGAGUUGCCGUGGAGGGCCAGUCGGAAAACAUUGAGGAAACGAUCAAAGCCAUGUAUAAAAAAUACAUGGACCCCAAGGAAGCGGUCCUGCUGAACGUUGUGAAUGCGACAUCAGACGUCACGGCCUCAGCAUCGCUGCAGCUCUCUCGCACCGUGGACAAGGACAAAGAACGAACCCUCGUCUGCCUCACCAAGAUUGAUCUGUGCCCCCCUAAAGCCUUGAGGAAGGCUCUUGAGGGCGCCAGGAAGCUUUGCGGCCCAGGAACGGCGUUUCUUGUGCGCAACCGCACUCAAGAGGAGAGUGAGGCGGACAUGUCAAACGAUGAGGCCCGGCAACUUGAGCAAGACUGCCUCAAAGACAUCUUCCCUGAUAAUGCUCACAGGCAGGGCAUCGCUGGUCUUACUCAACAACUAGUGCAACUCCAGGCUGAGCGCAUUCACGCCACACUGCCCAAGGUCAAGACAGCUAUCGAAGAGGCGCUGCUAGACGUGCGCACCCGCUUGAGGGAACUGCCGCGAAAGCCCACCAGUGAGUUUGAGGCACUGAGAGAGAUCUCAAACCGAUUGGAGGGCUUUGUCAAGAAAAUAAAAGAUGAGGUCCAAGGUCGCACGUCCGACGACCACGCUUUACUGCAGAGGGGCGUCUUGGAGGACUUCCUCGAAGGGAGCCAUGAGGUUGAACUCGAUUCUGCCCGUCAUCAAGAUAUCGACCUUGGUGAUGACAUGAAGUUGCGCGUGAUGCUCCUUCCACCAACACAUAAUCAAGAUGUUAGGUUGAGUUGCCGUAUGGCUUCCGAGUCUACAUCAUCACCGUGGCCCGAAGACCUGGUCGUCAUGGGCCAUGUGACUUACAGAACGGCAGCUCAGACGGUUACCUUGCCCUUUGAAAGGAACAACGACGGCGAGAUUCAGCUUCCAGGCACAAGGGGUAUCACGGUACAUUCGGUACAGCUCGUUCUCUGCCAAAAAUCAGUGAAAUCGACUGACGCUGACGCCCUGUUGUGUGCUCAACUGGAUCAGCUGGCCCACUCAUCGCCAUCCAGCCUUGAGAGGAAGCUUGCUGGCUUGUAUCACGAGUCAACUUUCUUUUCAGCCAGCUUUCAUGCCGAACUCGUCAAAAGGUGUUCACACUUGCGUGGCGGCGAUGGCUUGCCCGGGACCGUGCCUGCAAACGUGACGACAGAGCAACUGAAAAGAUUGCGCAAAGACUUGCCGACGUUGGCGCUGGACUUUGUGAAUCAAGUGGCGGAAGCUGUCUCGCGCAAAAGCCAUGUGCUGCUAGCCGAAGCGUUCCAAGGCAUACAAGCAAAGCAGGUGGUCUGUGCUGCCGCCCAAACCUACUUGGAAGCACAGGCCAAAAGCGCCCGUCACCAAGUGACACGGGUAAUCGAGUGGGAGAAGUCUGUCACCACCACCAAUCAUUACUUCAUGUCCAUUGUCAGUGAUUUGCUCUCGGAUCUGGAAAGAGGCCGCUUACUUGUGAUGCUCCCCGGCAAGUCGGAGCCCCUGACCUGGGCUGAUGUCAGGAAGGAAAGCAACGAGACGCAGGAAUUGUUGCAGGUGCAAAUCCGACUGUGUGCAUAUUGGAAGGUGAUGUUGAAGCGCUUAACCGACAGCAUCAUCUUGGCGACUCGAUAUGAGUUGGUGAUCAAACCUUUCCUCCUCGACGAAGAUAAUAUAUCUUCAGCAAUUGCGAAUGUGCUGCAAGCAGAAGAGCAACCUUUCAGGAUGGGUAUGCCCAUGCAGGGCGAGCUCGACCAGAUUGACGAGCUUAGUGAGCGUGAACGAUCCUUGGUAGAGGCAAAGACGCGCAUUGAGGAAGCUCGGGUGCCCAGCUUGCUUUGAGUGAACCGUGGGUUUUGAGCCUUGUUUGUUUCUGUGAGAAUCGAUGCGAGACUGCC